ACCUUAACGGGUCAACCAAAAACACUGUCUGAAAACAAAGAAAACGAUUCAAGAAUUCGCUUCUCUGCAUUUUUUUUUUUUACUUCAUAAAACCCAAUAAACCCUUCAUUCAUUCACCUUCUUGAGUCACAUAUCUACUGAAGAAAAUCUAUAGAAUGGCUUAUUGGCGCAGCAUAACAACGCGAGCGAAGCUUCUUUAUCAGCAACAGAGAGCUACCCCUGCAUUUUCUUACUUUCAUAAGGAUGAUGAUGAUUGUAAAAGCCUGGAACCCAUUUUUGGAAAUUCAGGAAUUCCCAGUUUUUCCCAAUCCCGUUGCAUGGUAAGUGCAAGUGGAGUUAACAGCUUCAUUGGCUCAAGAAAUCCAUAUCAAGACAGGAGGUUUUGUGCUUCAGCCCUUAUGAAUCCGAUGAGUUAUGGGUCCAUUUCGACCCGGAAUAUGUCAACUGAUAUUGGUGGUGGAGCAGAUAAAAUAGAAUACAUGAGUGAUGUUGCUGAAGUAUUUGCUGAUAAGGCUGUGGAGGCUGUAGUUUCUCAAGCUCCAGCUGUGAACGAGGUGGCAAUUGCUGCUGCUGAUUGUUUUUUUCCGGUGAAGGCACUGAUGUAUUUGAUGGAUUAUGUUCAUGUAUUUACUGGGCUUGAAUGGUGGGGAUCCAUAAUUGCGACAAGUAUUAUUAUUCGGUUGUUGACUCUUCCAUUUAUGAUUAAUCAGCUGAAGGCUACCUCAAAACUUACGCUUAUAAGACCAAAGUUGGAAGAGAUUAAAGAAGAGAUGCAAAAUAAGGGUCAUGCGCCAGAGGCAGUUGCUGAAGGUCAACAAAGAAUGCAAGAAAUAAUGAGGGAAUAUGGAGUUAAUUCAUUCACUCCCUUAAAGGGACUACUAAUACAAGGCCCGAUCUUUGUCAGUUUUUUUAUGGCUAUUAGGAACAUGGUGGACAAUGUGCCUUCUCUCAAAACGGGUGGAGCAUUUUGGUUUACUGAUCUAAGUACUCCAGAUGCUAUGUAUAUCCUUCCAGUUUUGACGGCUUUGACAUUCUGGAUAACGGUGGAUUGCAAUGCUCAAGAAGGAUUGGAGGGAAAUCCUGCUGCUAAAACCAUAAAAAAUGUUUCACAGGGUUUUGCUGGGCUUACUAUCCCAUUAACUGCUAGUUUUCCUAAGGCGAUAUUUUGUUACUGGAUAACCUCAAAUCUUUUUUCACUCUCCUAUGGUUUGGUGAUAAAAAAUCACGCGGUCAAGAAGGCACUGGGUGUUCCUAUAAUACCUGCCAGUCCUCCAUCAAAACAAAAACCGGGGCAACCGGCGGUCCCUUUUUUCGAAAUGCGUGAGAAAUAUAGAGCAGCACAAAAGCACAUGGCAGAACAGCAGCAUGCAGCAAAGCAGAACGCAGCAGCAUCACAGCAACCGGCUUUAUCGUCGCCUCCUGUGGAAGAAACAUCAUGACCUACGAGUCAACAAGUACCAGCAUCAUCGGUUCUUAGUCAAAGGAUCAGAAGUUUAGAGAAAGAAGUGAAAGGAAGAAAGAAGAACAAGAAGAGGUAAUAAUACGAGGGAUAUAGGUAAAAACUCGACUGCUAGUUGUAGGUUAUCGCUAGUGCAUAUACACAGUUAAAAGCUGUAUUUGUUGAAAUAAUCGGAGCAGAGAAGCUCAAUGAUUUUAGGCAAUUUUGCGCGUUUGCACCCUCGAUAGUUUUGGGAGUAGGCAAGUUUUUGAGACCAUAAUGUCUUUAUUUCUCCUCAUCAGACAUAAUUGAAGAAUUGUACCUUUAGAGAGCUUGUAAUGUUAUGCCUUAUUUCUGUAAUUGGCAGAUGUCUCCAAGGCUACAUGCAAUUGUGAGGCAAAAUUAAUACUCUAAUGCUAAUUUGUUGAAACUUCGCUGCAAAAA